AUGGCAAUGAAGGUCGAGCAUCUGCCCGACCCUCAUCUCCCCUUGAUCCCUCACCUCGUCCCCCCUCCGCCACCACUCACACACACGCACACAACUAGCGCUAGGAGGAGCACCCGCGCUCGAUCCCCAUGGCGCGCCUCCCCUGUCACCAACGCCGCCCUCCUUCCUCUUCUGCGCCAGCGUCGUCCAUCCUCGUCGCCCCGCUGCAUCGCCUGCUUCCUCGUCGAGUGCCUCCUUGCCAAUCCCCGUCACCCGAGCGCCCGAGGAGAGGAGCCCCUCGAGCACCUGCACCCGCAACCAUCGUCCUCCACGCCCAGCAGGAGGCCCGCGUCGCUCGCCUCUCAUCGCCGACUUGCCCAUCCUCGCAUCUCCGACCUCGUCUCCCGGCCCCUGCCUGCCGGACCCGGCCUCCUCUUCCUUGGGUCUCCCCCACGACCAGCCGCCUCGUCGGCAACCAGACGAGCCACCGGAGAGGAGUUCAUCUGCCGUCAUGGAGCUUCGCCACCAGCCAGGAUCCGGCAUCCCGAGUCUGAUCCGUCCACCCCAGCCAUCCCUAUGCCUCCCCAUCAUGCUGCAUCACUGGAGUUUGUGGCGCCCCCGUUGCCCUCCAGCCUCCAUGUCGUCCUUGUUCAGGCAGAGAACGAAUGCACGCUGCCCCUGCGCGUUAGCCAAACCACCCAGUCGCACACAUCUGCUACCGUGGACUGACAAGUACCACAAUGACCGAUGCCCUUAGGACCCUGGGCAGGACCUCGGGUAUGACUACACGGUGAUGGCACCAAGUACCAAGAACGCGUGUACCACUACCGACGACUGAGACCCUGGAUUCGACAAGUUCCUCGCAGUGACCCUGAACAUCUACGGGACAUGCAUGACUUCCAACCGUGUACAACAUCGAACAUGUAUGACUACACAACGACCCGCCAAGACCCUGAACAACUACAACCGCCGUUGAUUCGACAAGACAACGUGUACCACUACAUCCACGACGUCCCAUGAACGCCUACUUCCCCUACGGAACUCGUUCCGCCCGAAACGCAUGCUUCGAAGGUAUACCACCGAGACGACGCCCAUGAACGAAUGCAUUGUGUUGUAUGAGAUGCUCGUGCUUGCACCGUGCUCGAAUUGUCGCUUGCACGUUGUUCCUCGUUUGCCAUGCCGUUGACCCGUGGAAACCCGGUAUCCGGGAUCGCCCCACCAUCCUUGCAUGACACGCUCCCGUCGCUUUUUCUUUUGCACCGGCAUCUCAAUCGAGUUACUGGAACCGGAAUGUUGUCGUGGCACCAUUCCCGUUAUUGUUGCCAUGGCACCCCUUUCAUUUCCGCAUGAUGAAAAAUGCUUCAUAUCAUGUUCAUGUCAACUUUUUCAUAAAAUUGCUUCCAACUUGAAUUUGUCAUCUACAUCAUGAUAAUAACAUCUAAAAUGUUUAAAUUUGUUGUCGCACCAAAUUGCUAAAUGCAUAUGGGGAUUUACCGGACUUGUUGUUUGUUAU